CAUAGAGAUGGGUAAUUGAGCGAUUUCCCCGGAGCGACAGGGAAAACAACAAAUACAGCAAAGCAAAACAAACCAUAAAAAAAUCUUUAGGAUCUCGAUAACUACAAAGAGAAAAACUUAAAAUCUAUGCCCACAUCUUAAUAAAUCCUGUAAAGGCAACGAAUCACCAAGUCAGGACAGACAUAUGAUUCAAAAAUCUAUUUUAUAAGGAUAUCCGGGACGGAUAUUCAAGAGGGCUUGAACAUCUUUGCCUCGUAGAGGGAUCCCCGGGGGACAUUGGAGAAUCCAUGCCCCUGGAAUUCUGAGCCCCAUUUCUUUUAGCAUUGACCCAUCCUCUUUUCACAUUGGAAUUCGCUUUCUCUGCAAGACAUUCUGUUUAUUUAUUUGUUCAUAUUAUUAGUUUGUGUUUCGGUUUUGUUCGCCUUGUAUUGCGUUCCGGGCAAGAAGAAUUCAAUGUUUUUCCAGCUCAACAAAUGGCCCAUGGCUAUGGCAAAAUCCCAUUUAAGACUCUGUACCACUUUUUGAAUUUACUCCUACCUUCUGAUAGGUACUUAAUUGCGUCCAGAUCUAUGUAAUCUUAAAGUAGAUUCGGACAUUAAUGGCUUCUGUUGACUUUAUGCAUUUAGUACAACCAGAAUCUGUUGGGUAAUGAAUUGGCAGUGCCAUAAAUAAUAUUUGGGUAUGGUCAUUUAUUUAGCGCUGAAGAAGAGCCUAGUUGUGCAACGGUGGAGAAGAAGAUUUGAGCCGUCUGAGUAAUUCAACAGUGCAUCCAAUCGCUAAAGUUGGGGCCUUCAAAAUGAUGGUGCCUUUUUGACUGAACUAGCUGGUAUUUCCUGAAUUACUGGGCAUUGGACUUUUUAAUCGAUAAAUUCUGUUCACUAUGAUGCUAUGCAAUUGUUCAAGAGAGCAAUUCAAGUUUGAGGAGAUGUCUCAGUCUCCAGAAUCCCUGGCCACGCGAGAUUUCUCAGCUAGUGCAAUUUCUUCUUCCAGAACUGGUGAUGCCGACUUUAGGUUUGAUGAAGGUGGCAUUGAAGAAGCAGAGUCGUCACUGAGAGAAGCUCUUUCUCUCAAUUAUGAGGAAGCCAGGGCACUGCUGGGAAGGCUGGAAUACCAGCGAGGCAAUGUAGAAGCAGCACUUCAGGUGUUUGAGGGAAUAGAUAUGAACAGGAUAACAUCAAAGAUGAGGCAAGCGAUUUCUGAAAGGGUGCAAAGCCGGAAAAUACGCUCUCGCAAUGGAAGCAAUCAUACCAUGUCGAUGCAUGCUGUCAGUCUUCUCCUCGAAUCUAUUCUUCUAAAAGCAAAGUCUCUGCAAGAGCUUGGGCUUGCUAAAGAAGCGGCACAAGAAUGCAAAAUUAUUUUAGAAACAGUUGAACCUGCUCUACCUUAUGGCCUGCCUGAAGCUUCUGAAGUUGAUUUGAAAGUGAAGGAGAAUGUGAGCAAGGCAGCAGAAUUACUUCCAGAACUUUGGAAACAGGCAGGCAUGUUUCAUGAAGCCAUAGCUGCUUACAGACGGGCAUUAUUCAAUCCCUGGUGCUUAGAUUCUGAACGGUCGGCUCGGAUACAGAAAGAGUUUGCUAUAUUCUUACUUUAUGGUGGUAUUGAAGCAGGACCACCCAGUUUGGGUUUGCAAGUGGAGGGUGCACUUGUUCCUAGAAAUAAUAUAGAGGAGGCUAUACUGUUGUUGUUAAUUCUCCUCAAAAAAUUUGUCCUUAAAAAGAUUGCCUGGGAUGAGACAAUCAUGGAUCACCUUAGUUUUGCCUUAUCAAUUUCUGGUCAAUUUGAAACAUUAGCAGAUAAGAUAGAAGAAGUAUUACCUGGUAUAUACAACAGAUCGGAUCGAUGGUACACCCUUUCUCUAUGCUAUAGUGCUGCAGGGCGUUACGAAACUGCUUUGAACCUUCUAAGGAAGUGUUUAGGUCCUUCAGAGAAGCCGGAUUAUUAUCCAGCGCUUCUAUUGGCAGCAAAAUUAUGUGGGAAAAGCUCACAAUAUGCUUGUGAAGGUGUGAAUUUUGCACGUAGAGCUUUAGAAAGCACUGAUUAUGAAAAUCGCCAUAUGAAAGGUGUGGCAAAUCAUUUGCUUGGGAUUGCCCUGGGUAAACAAGCUAGAUCUGUUGUGUAUGACUCUGAAAGGGCUCAGAUACAACGUGAGGCCCUUACUACUUUGGAAAAGGCUGCAACCAUAGAGACUAGAGAUCCUGAGAUAAUGUUUAAUCUUGGGCUGGAAAAUGCUGGGCAGCGGAAUCUAGAUGUAGCAUUGAGAUGCACAAAGAAAUUCCUGGAUAUGGUGGCAGGGGCUUCAGUAAAAGGUUGGAGGCUCUUGACGCUUGUAUUGUCAGCACAAAAGCGCCUUUCUGAUGCGGUAUUGAUCAUUGAUGCUGCUCUGGAUGAGACUGGAAAGUGGGAACGGGGAGAGUUGUUGCAUUCUAAAGCGAAAUUACAGAUUGCCAAGGGACAAACCAUGCAUGCUAUUGAGACUUACAAGCAGUUACUAGCACUUGUUCAAGCUCAAAGGAAGACUUUGCGAGCUGGGAACUGGAAGCAUAAGGGUGGAGAUAAUAGAGCUGUAGAGCUUGAGGCAUGGCAAGAGUUGGCUUAUGUGUAUACAAGUCUAGGGCAAUGGAGCGAUGGGGAUCUAUGUUUGGAUAGAGCUACGGGCAUCAAGUUGCAUUCUUCCAUAAAUUGGCAUGCUAGAGGAAAGUUGUAUGAAGCUCAAGGUUUAUAUAAAGAAGCUCUCAUAGCCUUUUCAAAAUCUCUAGCAGUUGAACCUGAUCACGUACCGAGUCUGAUUUCAACAGCUGCAGUCCUAAGAGAACUCGGAGAAAAGUCAUUACCUGUUGCCAGAAGUUUUCUGGCAGAUGCUCUACGGUUAGAUCCAACUAAUCACAUUGCCUGGUUCAAUUUGGGGAUGGUCCACAAAAUGGAAGGUUCCAAGCAGCAAGCAGCAGACUGCUUUCAAGCUGCAUGUGUACUAGAGCAAUCGGCACCUGUUGAGAAAUUCUGAACAUCUAUAACACACGGUAUUACCUAUUAUAUCCGAGAUUUUGGGAGUCUUGGAUUUUCAUGCACGGUGAUAAUAUGCUUUGUGUAUGAGUUUUUAUUGGUGAAUAAGUCACUGCUCGUCAUUUUUUGGAGCCUGAGAGAGCCUUGAUAUUGGCAAACAUCUUUGCCGUCUUUGGGGCAGUGGCUUGGAGAUUUUAGUAGUGCUGAUUUGAAGAUGUAAUGUUCAUUUCUUCAUCCGUCCUUCAUUAUGGUUUUAAUAGAAGUACCUUUGCCCUCUGUGAAGGUUUAUUAGCAGUCAAUCGCACUGUGUAUUCACUUGCAGCCUCUACCUGUGCAUAAUGAUCGCAUGAUGUAUAGCCUAUGUACAGUAUUACUGUUUUUGAUUAUGUAGUACGAGCCUUCACAUUGUAUCAUAAAGAAUAGUGAAAAAGAAUUGCCGU